AUGAACAGCUUGCUUUUACUGCAGAGGCACCUGCACCUUUCAGCGCGAACUUUUAAAAAGACGCCGCGGAAUCUUAAAGGGAAGAGCAGCACGGAGCAGCGCUGGAUCGCUCGGCAGCUCAGCGACCCUUUCGUCAAGGCCGCUCAUGUACACAACUAUCGGUGCAGGAGCGCCUUUAAGUUGCUGGAAAUCGACGAUCGGUACGGGCUCCUCAAACCAGGUUUCGGCGUCAUCGACUGCGGUGCCGCACCAGGGGCGUGGAGCCAGAUCGCAGCUCAAAGAAUCAAUUCAGCAGGGACAGAUCCCGGAUCACCGGUUGGCUUCUUGGUGGGCGUGGAUCUUCUCCGCAUCCCUCCUUUGGAUGGAGCCCACUUUCUCUCUAAUUGCGAUGUCACCGAUUCAGCCACGCAGACAGAAUUGCGAUCCCUGCUUCCUGGUGGGGUGGCAGAUGUCAUCCUAAGCGACAUGGCCCCCAACGCCAGCGGCUUCAGGGAGAUGGACCACGAAAAGCUGAUCGCAAUGUGUCUGUGCGUGGUGGACUUUGCCGAGAAGGUUUUGCGAUCAGAGGGUGCCCUGGUAUGCAAGUACUGGGACGGGAGUAAAGCUGGGCAGCUUCAGAACAGACUUGCCAGUAUUUUCCAAGAAGUAAAGAUUGUAAAGCCAAAAUCCAGCAGGAAAGAGUCAUCAGAACUGUUUUUUGUUGCGAGGUUUUUCAAGAAACGGUGAAAAACGAAAAUCUGCUGAGUCACAAACUAUGUAAUAAAUGAAGCCGCAAAAGGUAUUAAAAUUUCAUUAUUUAUGA